AUGGCUACGUCCACAUCUGCAUCAUCCUCCACCCUCUCUCCCACUCCCAGUCCAACUGGAAGUGCGGAUAAUGGAGGCAACGGUCCGAGUUCGCCACUGCUCUUCUUCGUUGCUCUAGGGUUUGGCGUGGUCUUUACCAAUUUAUGGAUUAUCGUCGGUGUUAAAUACUGCUUCCGAUACAACCAACGGAACCGACAGCGUAUGAAUGGUGAAGAUUCGGACGGGGUAGAUCUCGGCACCAUGCCCCGACAACAUCGCCGCAGGCGUGAAAAGAAAUUAAUGACCAUGGAAGAGGUCAAUGAAAAAUUUCCGUUAAUCAAAUAUAAAACAUGGCGAUCCAAUCGAGCCGAAGAGGGAUUACCGACCGCGGGAGGAAUCAAUACGGCCUCCCGACCGGCCAGCAUACACGACAUGUCUCGGGAAUCGAAGGAUCUGAAGGACUCGAGUGUGGCUCAAGAGCUGUCUCAUGCACAAACCACCUCAACCGAGGACGAAAAAUCCGGCGAUCCCGCCCUGGCGAAACCGGAAGUCGGGGUGGGAGAGAAGAGCGCCAGCCAAGAUCUGCCUUCGACACCGUCGCGGCCCAAGUCUACCCAAUCGACGGUGACUCCCGGAUCUCCCAUACAGAAAGUGACCUCCAAUGAUGAGGACGACGACGACGACCAUAUUCAGACCGCCGUGCCAGCUGAACAAUUACCGGAUCCCGGAGAUUCCUGCGCCAUUUGCCUUGAUACCAUCGACGACGACGAUGAUAUCCGUGGCCUACACUGUGGCCAUGCAUUCCAUGCAUCUUGCGUUGAUCCGUGGUUGACAUCGCGACGGGCUUGCUGCCCUCUUUGCAAGGCGGAUUAUUACGUCCCCAAACCACGACCCGAAGGUGCCAACGGUGAAGGGUUGGCCAGGAGUGGCACCCAUUCAGACGUUCAACCACCUCCGACAGCCUUUUCGGUUAUCGGCAACGGCCGAGUCGGCCGAAGACCCGCCAUGAUCAUUCCAGGGCGGUUCAUGAACAUUGUAUAUCAUGACCGCGAUCGACAUGGCUUUCCGCUCGUGGUGCGAGCGGACCGCAUUGAUCAACCGCACAGGCUAGAACACACCGAAAGACCGCGACAACGGAGAUUGAGUGCGACGACCGCGGUCAAUGGAGGCUUUUCUGACACGCAAUCUCCAUCCACGGGUUGGAGGUCAAGGUUUGCAGGAUUUCGAUUACUCGGUCGGGGUCGAGCGGCACCCCUGAACCCCAACCGUGGUGUGGCGGUUCCGGAAGCUGCGCCCACACCUUCACAGCUUGAAGCUGGAAGGUGA